AUUUGACGUUUUCAGCGGGUCCGUCCGACAUUACUCGUUUUCUCGUGAAGUGUGAAAUCCUUUAGGAGGAAAACAUCCUGUACAUUUUCGCAAUAGAUUUCCUCUUAUCAAUCCGCUCGAAAUGGUAGAACUCGGUGCUCCUGUGCGUGUGUCUCCGCUGAUCAAGUUCGGUCGCUGGUCAUUCCUGGCUGUCGGAAUUGCGUAUGGAGCAUACCACCAGCAACGCCUGGCGAAACGUGAGGUUGGUAUCCGGAAUAUCGAAGCACAACAGAAAGCCGUUCGUGAUGCUAAAUUAGCCGAAGAGAAGGAACGCAAUCGGGAAGCCGAAAACAGAGCCAUUGCUGAGUUAUCCGGUUCGAAGAAGUAAACAUCGUAGGGAAUUCUUGGCUAGUGUUUUGUUUUACAUUCACUAUUGGGAGGAAUGAAACAAUUUGUUGGAGAUUUGUCUUCUUCAACAAUGGAAACGUCGCAUCGCCAUAAGUGAUCAAAAUAAAUUGUCAGCGAUAUUAAA